AGAGGAUCUAUUCUUCGGCUGUCUGUCCAGGCCAUCCGAGCAGGCAAGAACUCUACAGCUUUUUUUUUUGGCUUUUUUGACUUUUUGUCAAGGAGGCUCCUCGGUGCCUGCCCGUACCCGGGUGUUUGGUCAUCCCGUCUGGAGGGAGAACAACUGAGAAGAAAAAGGACUUUACUGAUUUGCAAAGAAGCUUUUGGCUUUAAACACGCUUCAAGAUGAGCAAUUACACAGUAACCCUGUCAGGACCUGCACCAUGGGGCUUCAGACUGCAGGGUGGCAAAGAUUUCAACAUGUCCCUGACCAUCUCCCGGAUCACACCAGGCAGCAAGGCAGCGAGUGGAAACCUCAAUCAGGGAGACAUCAUUACAGCAAUCGAUGGGGUCAGCACUGAAGGCAUGACCCAUCUGGAGGCCCAGAACAAGAUAAAGGCAGCCACCUCCAAACUUAGCCUCACCAUGCAGAGGUCGAGACGUCCCGCUCCUGUACCCACAGCCACUCCAAGAAUGGACUCCCCCAUGCCAGUCAUCCCUCAUCAGAAGGUCAUUGCCAACACAGCUGCCACCCAAGAGUAUGUUCCCAGUUUCAACCCCAUCGCACUGAAGGACUCAGCCUUGUCCACUCACAAACCUAUUGAGGUGAAGGGUCCUGGUGGGAAGGCUACUAUCAUCCAUGCCCAAUACAACACUCCUAUUAGUAUGUACUCUCAAGAUGCCAUUAUGGAUGCCAUUGCUGGUCAGGCUCAAGCCAGAGGAAACGAGAUGAGUGGCGAUGACUCCGCUGGAUCUCCCUUGGCUAGUUCACUUCCUAUUAAAGACCCUCUCGUGGACAGUGCUUCUCCAGUCUACCAGGCCGUGAUUAAGCCUGAUGAUAAGGGGCUGGAGAUGUCUGAAUGGGCCCGUCGUGCUGCCAACCUGCAGUCCAAAUCCUUUCGCAUCCUUGCUCAUAUCACAGGAACUGAAUAUUUGCAAGAUCCAGAUGAGGAGGCUCUUAGAAAAUCAAGGGAGAAGUUUGAAUCUGAAGUAAAAGGCCCACGAUUUGCCAAACUGAAAAACUGGCACCACGGCCUGUCUGCACAGAUCCUAAACAUCCAGGGGUAAAAAUGCCACGCGAUGUUGCUGGAAAAAAGUUGAGGCAGCAGUCAACCAGGAAUCAGGAAGGCAAUGUAAAAUGAAGUGCAAUGGGUCAAUAGGACAGAGAGGAGUAGUCUAGUGACUGGAAUGUGAGUUAGAGUUAUUAACUAGCCUGUAGCUGAGUACACAAAGCUCCUGUGUUCAAUGUUCAUAUGUCUGUUUGUUUCAUGUACAGUGCCUAUGGAAAAUCAUCAUACAGCUUUGAAAUAAUUACUUUAUUCAUCAUACAACCUGAAAUCAAAUCACGUUCCAAAUAACUUUUCCAGCCUUUGAAAUAUUUUUGUAGCCUUCUCCUAACCUGUGCCUUUCUACAACUUUAUCUCGAAGGUCUUUUGAAAGCAGGGUGUAAUGCGAGUAAAGGUAUAGAUUUUCACAGGGUAUGAUGAUUUUCUAUAGGCACUGUAACUUUCAGCGUACUGAAACAUAGUGCAUAGUGCUUAGUUGUCAUUUUCUUUUUCAUUUUAUGUUUCUCUUUUGGCUGCUCUGUUUAUCCUAAAUUAUUGCUGAGUAAUGAAUUGCUUGAAUGAAUUGCUAAUGUAAAAAAAAAACUAACCCUGAGAGAAAUGAUAAAAUAUAUGUACCACAUCCACUUUAAUACACUACAGCACAUAUUGAAACCAAAUGUACUAUUGUCAAUGUGAAUAAAACAUUAUUACUUUUAACCAAAUAAA